GGAGGCCAGAACGAGAGUUCCCAUGUUUUGUUGCCUUUCAUGUUUCCUCGCCAAUCAGCCGUGAGCGGGCGUUUUAAAAGGCGUUUCCAUUCCUCUAGUUCACUGCAAAAACAAUGAAACCCUUUGAAGGGAGAGAAAUUUUAACACCCAUAUAGACAUUUGAAGACAGAUAGACAGGACAAUGCGCUGUGCCUUCUCCUGUGUUCUUUUUUUUUACGUCAGUGCCUGUGACACGUAGUUUGAGUUCACUAUUUUGUCAACUUUCAAAGCCACAACGAUUUAUGUUGAGUCUCUUAUUUCGAAGGGCAAAACAGAAUUAAUUUUAUAAAUGUUCGUUGACUUAUGAAGGAUUUAAAUAGCAUGCUGUAAAAUAGUAAGAUAUUUUGUGUAGGCGCGCGACAGUCGUAAACCGUAGCCUAUUGCCAAGCAAUAGAGGUUGAUUCAAGCCAAUUGCCGUCGGCAGAGUUGAUUGGUCAUUGGGAAGUUACCCGACGUGGAGGAUCGAUUACGUUCAAGGAAGGACACCUCUAUGAGUUGGAAAUAAAGUUUAUCUACAGUUCUGCAAACUCAUCGCGCAGUAGUCUAAAAUCUUGUUUGGGAGCGGCUCGUUUAUCUUGUUUUUAAGGACUUUUUUUGUAAAGCAAUGGUGGGCAGACUAAACUUGUUGAAUGUAUGUGACAACGACCCAUUGGACAUGAGCUGCAAAGCCGAGCGGGGACUUGACAGCCCGGACUCCGGACUACCCCCCAGCCCCAGUCCGAGCCACUGGCUGUUGCCUGACUGCAGGGAUAAAGGUGCCAUAAGCCCGGUGUCUGAAGACGAGAGCAGAGGGUCAUCCUUGGUACCCAUUUUAUCGAUAGGAUCUGUUCCUCAGCUGCACACCGUGUCCUACGGGGAGGGCAUAGAACUUGAUCCACUACUGACCAAGGAAAUACGAUACACAUCGUCUGUCCACUAUGACUCAGAGCGUCACUUUAUCCAUGACAUGGCCAUGCAGCCCAGAGGCCUGGGUCUGGAGAACUGCAGCCAGAUGGUCCUGGCUGUCCCUCACAGCACCUGGAGACACUACAAGACCCAGCUGGACUUCCAGCCUCGCCAACGGGCCCAGCGCUUCCAGAGCACCACCAUCGUCUACCCCAAGCGCGCUCGCACCAUCUACACAACCGAGCUGAGCUACGACAGUCGCCGGCUUGCCAGGAGAUUCAUGACGCGGGUGGAGCUGGAGGCUGCUGACUGGAGUAGGCUACCCCAGUAGGUUAGGGGAAGACUGGGCACGGCCUGGGGGAAAAUUCCCCAGGCCCUAAAGGGCCAACCAUCCACCAGGCUGACAUCACCAAUGGACCCAGGUUACAGACAGUCAUCUAUUAGUUUAGAUUGAAAAGCAUUGUAGUCCACGUUUGAGUACAAGUCUCAAGUGGAGGGAGGAAUCUGAUCUGGAGUAUCAAACAAAUAGCAGGGACAUCUGUGUGAGGCUGCCAUCUACCAAAGGGUUUAUCCAUUAGUAGCUAGUAAAUAUAUUUCUCUGGUAUGUCAAAGUUGGAUUCAUUUUAAUGCAGAGUGUUGAACUGUGGACUGAGACCGGUGAUGUAUGUAUACUAUCACCGUGGAGGAACUUGUGAACCAGAUUUGGAAGUGAAGGAUUGUUAGGGAAGUGUAGUCCGGACCAUCACUGUGAAAACAUUGUGUUUAGGCCUAACCAUUGCAGUGGGGCUCAAUGAACAAUGACCCUACAUUAUACGAUUCUCAGGCAAUAGUGGAGUUUCCAUUUGGCUUUUGUAAGUAUUCACAUUUGUAGACACACAGGGAGUUGUCAAAUUACUGUCUAUUACUGGGCUUUAAAAUGUCUCUUCAAAUCACAGGGUAUUAUGGGGUAUUGGUUGCACAGCAUUACUUACCACAAGCAGAAUAUACUAGACUAUAUACUGUAACACCAAACCCCAUCUUAGUCUUGCCUAAACAUACACAUUGUCAUUUACUGUAAGUAUGGUCAUGGAGGAGAAAACCAGUUCUUUCAAAUUGUGUAAGUGGUUUUUUUUCUCCCCACAGAGAUCAUUGCAAAUUGAUUAAGUUGAUAUUAGUUGGUAAUGAGUAGCAAGAGAUUAUCCAAUGUAUCAUUAUUGUUCUGUUAUACAUUUUUAGCAUUUUCCUAAUAGUGAAAUAUUGUUUUUACUAACAUCUUGUGAACUGUCCCUCAACAGUUCAUUAUCUUUGCCUAUCACCUUCUGGUUGCUUCCAUAGGUUUUGUUUUAUGUAUUUAUUUGAUGCUCAUCAACUCCUUCUGGUAGCCUAAUAGCAAUACACGGCUAUCUUCCCUCAAGGUCCUACAAGGAUGCACAUCUAGAGAACUUGAACUGUCUUGAGAUAAGUGCCUUAUUGAAGUCAAAUGGUAUUGCUUUUAAGCUCUGUUUUAUAGCAGAUUUGAGAAGUUAAAAAAUUUUUAUGUACUCAAUGCGAUACAUCAAUUCAAAAUAUAAUCUUGUUAGUAUCAGGUUUUUGUUAUCAAUUAGGGAUGUUCCUAGAUGAGUAGAGCUACAAUUCUAGUGCAAUUACACCAACUCAUAGACAGCUACGCCAUCUGCAGGAUAGAGAAAGUGCUGCACAGAACCAGAAUUAUUCGUUUGAUAACAGCUGCUUAAAUUAUAAGUUAACGUAAUUUCCGUUUGACAAAACAAUGCAUAGUGUUGAGAAUUGUUGUACCGUCUAAACUGCUGUGAAAUACAAUAUAUAUGUAAAAGUAUGUGGACUCCUUCAAAUGAGUGGAUUUGGCUAUUUCAGCCACACCCGUUGCAGACGGGUGUAUAAAAUCGAACACACAGCCAUGCAAU